AUGGCCUCCGUCAACGUCGAAAACCUCAGCGCCCUCUCCGCCAAGCACCCCAAGCCUGCCAACACCUUCACUUACGGAACCGCUGGUUUCCGCAUGAAUGCUGACCUUCUCGACUCGGUCAUCUUCCGCACCGGUAUCUUGGCCGCCCUUCGCUCCAAGAAGCUCGAUGGCAAGGUCAUUGGAUGCAUGAUCACCGCUUCCCACAACCCCGCCGCUGACAAUGGUGUCAAGCUGGUUGACCCUAUGGGAGAGAUGCUCGAGGGAUCCUGGGAGGCUCAUGCGACCGCUCUGUCCAACGCCCAGUCGGACGAGCAGUUGGUCGAUUACAUCCACUCCAUGGUCAGCUCCUUAAAGAUCGACCUCACUAAGCCCGCCAACGUCAUCAUUGGACGCGACACUCGCCCCAGUGGAGUGGCUCUUGUCAAUGCCUUUGUUGACGGUCUCAAGGUCCUCGACGCAAAGUCGACCGACUACGGCAUCUUGACCACCCCUCAGCUCCACUACAUCACCCGCUGCCUCAACACCGCCGGCACCCCCGAGGCCUACGGCGAGCCCAGCGCUGAGGGCUACUACAAGAAGUUAGCUGCUGCCUUCAAGACCCUUGUCGAUGGCAAGACCAAGCUGUCGCCCUUGACUCUGGAUUGUGCCAACGGUGUUGGUGCUCCCAAGUUCCAAGAGUUCUUGCCUUACUUGGGCGACUCCUUGUCUGUCAAGAUUGUCAACGAUGAUAUCGAUAAUCCUUCCAAGCUCAACCUCAACUCUGGAGCUGACUAUGUCAAGACCGGCCAGAGAGCCCCUGUCGGCCUCAAGUUGACCUCCCAGGAUCGUUGCGCUUCCUUUGACGGUGAUGCUGACCGCAUCGUCUACUACUACCAGGAUGAGGAUAACACCUUCAAGUUGUUGGAUGGUGAUAAGAUUGCCGGUCUCGCUGCCAUGUUCAUUAUCGACCUUGUCAAGGCUGCCGGUAUUGACAGCAUCAAAGUCGGUGUUGUCCAGACUGCAUACGCUAACGGAGCCUCGACCCAGUACCUCCGCAACACCUUGAACGUUCCUGUCUCAUGCGUCCCCACCGGAGUGAAGCACUUGCAUCAUGAGGCUUUGAAGUACGAUGUCGGAGUUUACUUUGAGGCCAACGGACACGGCACCGUCGUCUUUAGCCCCUCGGCUCUCAAGACCAUCUACUCGGCCGAGGGCUCGUCCCCUGCCCAGGCUGUUGCCAUCCGAUCCCUCCGCGCCCUCUCCGAAGUCAUCAACCAGACCGUCGGCGAUGCCUUCUCGGACCUCCUCCUCGUCGAGACCAUCUUGACCCAGCGUCAGUGGUCCCCCAAGGUCUGGGACCAGGCCUACACCGACCUCCCCAACCGUCUUGUCAAGGUUGUUGUCCAGGACCGCUCCAUCUUCAAGACUGUCGACGCUGAGCGCAAGCUUGUUGAGCCUGCUGGACUCCAGGAUGCUAUUGAUGCUAUUGUGCUCAAAUUCAGGGACGGACGUUCGUUUGUGCGUCCCUCCGGAACUGAGGAUGUUGUCCGUGUCUAUGCCGAGGCAGCUACUCGCUCCGAGACCGAUGAGCUCGCCCACAGGAUCGGUGGCUUGGUCUUUGACUUUAACUCGCAAGGCUCUGGACUUCGUCCCCGCGAGUUCAUCUAA